AUGCCUACGAACAAACUUUUGGAGGAGAAAGGCUUAGUUUCCUACAAAGCUAUGAAAACUGGAACUACAAUUUGUGGAGUAAUUUUUGAUGGUGGUGUGGUUCUCGCCGCUGACAAGAGGGCUACAGAAGGUAACAUCAUCGCCGAAAAAGCUUGUAACAAAAUAUAUUAUCUUUCCGACAAUAUGUUUUGCUGUGGUGCCGGAACGGCUGCAGAUACCUUUAUGACCUCUCGUCUGAUUUCUUCACAAAUAGAACUUCACAGGCUUAAUUCUGGUCGUUUACCACGAGUUAGUUUCCAAUACUACUGA